UACACCUCCAGGAGUGCGCCAAUAUAAGUGUGCGAGUCAUUUGUUAUUCCGCCUCUGUCAAAGUGUGAGCGUUGUGUGUUUAACAGGGAGUGUGUGAAUCCUGUAGUGAAUCUCUGUUUGAGCUGCGGUGAUGGGUGUAGAGAUCAAAGUGGAAUAUUGUGGCGGAUGAGGCUACGAGCCCCGCUUUCAGGAGCUCAAGCGAGUCGUCCUCGCUGAGUUUCCUGAGGCGGAGGUGUCCGGCUUCGUCGGCAGACAAGGGAGCUUUGAGAUUGAGAUCAACAAGCAGGUGGUCUUCUCAAAGCUAGAAACCGGUGGUUUUCCCUAUGAAGACGACAUCAUGGAGGCUAUCCAGAAAGCCCAUGAUGGCAAACCAGUGGAAAAGAUCACCAAGAGCCGGCCACCUUGUGUCAUACUCUAACACCUAGGAUUUGAUUACCUCAGAAACAACAAGGAUACUGUAUGAGUGAAACCAUUGUUACUGUGUGUUAACUAUUUCUUGUGUAUCUCCUUUUGCCUCUGUUUCUAACGAAGUGUCUUGGACUUAAAUGAUUAGUGUAGCUAAAAACCAAAGGUUGCACUAUGAAGCUCUUAGUCCAGUCAUUGUCAAACCUGAAGCAAAGACAAAGGGGAGAUAUACAAGUGGAGAAAAAAAUAGAAUUCUCUACACUAGGAAAAAAGGCUUGUUAACAAGAUAUUUAGCAAAACUUUAGUGCUUGUCAGUGUACGUUUGUGUAUGUUUACAGUUAUGGAUUUUUAAGCAGCUUGGUUGAGAAGCCUCAAUAAAGUGUGUCUGGAAUGACACCUUAAACAUGUACUUAAAUCAGAUUUUAACCUUCUUUUUGCUGCCUUGUUUCUUCAAUUGCAGCUAUUUAAUAAUGACUACUAAUGAUUAAAUUAAUAAUUUCAUAAGGGCAAACUAAUGACACUGCUAGAGUAAUCACAAUAGUCAACAGAAAUAAUAAAGUGAGCAUUUAGAACUUUGUGUAUGGCUAAUCUUCAAGUAUCUUUUGUUUAUAAUAAAAAUCCAUUUUCUUUGCAGAUGCUAGCUAAGAUUUUGAAAUGUUUUUGAUUGUUUUGUAAGACUAUUUCCUAGUCAAAGAAAACCACUUUGCUGCUUAUGUGACUUUUGUUUUUUUUUUUUUUUUUGUCUGCCUUGUAACUUCAUUACAAUUUUAUCAGGGACAGAGAUAACUCAUGAAUGUAGUCAGACCUGUUUUACCUGUACGAGCUGUGUAACCUGCCUGCUGUUUUGAAAUUCCUAUAGCAGCUUUGUUAAACACCCUUAAUGUUUGCUAUUGCAUUUGACAUUUGGCCAUUAUUUUUGCAUUUGAUUGCACAACAACAACAUCAGAGAUAAAGUAAUGCUAAUGUCUAACUUUGAAGCAAGCAACUUAAACACAGGAUGUCAAUUUACUUUUAUAGGUAAUUGUUUUAUCCACAUUUACAACUCACUGUGGCUCAGAUUUGCAGUCUCUCCGCAUCCCGAUUCUCUAAAAUGUUAUGCCAGCUGUCAACAUGGUACAUGCCUGAAUAAAAAUUGAAUAAAGAGUUUUUGCAUUUCCUGA